GCUUCUAGUCCCUCGUCUAUCACUAGAAACCAAAUAUUCCAAGGAACAAAAAACUACCUCUUUCCAGAGGCGCUGGCAUAAAUAGGUGAUCCACACCUGGCAUGACUAAAACGCGGCCGUCACCAGCUGGCAACCUAUUAAUUUUCAUUUGAUAACUAAAUCCUCUGUUUCUCAAAAUUCACUUUCAAGACUAAUUCAAGCCAAUUCAUACAGACGAAGUCAAAACCGAGCUUUUUGAUGUCAAAUAAAUUCUUUUAUAUAUAAUAAUGAGUUUACAUCUAUGAAUAUCUCAUUAGCAGCAAGAUGCGCCGGCCGGGCGAGACCGAGUCUUCUCUCCGGCUCACGAACAGCCUGUCUUAGACCUCACUCACUUCCCAUACGAAACCAGCACCAAAUCUCAUCCCGCAUCCUUUCUCCUAGGACACAACCCUUCUCAGUCCUCUCAGCCCGCCAAAACACCACACCCCAGAAUCCUCCACCAGGAGCCCAGCAACCACAACAACACCCAGGACCACACCCCGGGCGCGGCCAACAAUACAAGACAUGGAUCCUCUUCAACCUCGCCGGCCUCAGCGCCGUCAUCAUGCUCGCCAUCGUCCUCAAAAGCGCGCCCACGGAAAAGAACCCCGUCAUUAACACAUCCUCCUUCAGCCCCUUCACCAUAACCUCCAAAGAGCAAGUCUCACCCACCGCCUUCGUCAUCACCGUGCGCGCCGGGGACUCCUCCCCAGGAGAAAACAAACCAGGUUCCACAGCCUCACUUAAAGACGCCUGGGCCCACGGCAUCUGGUCCGUCGAAACCAAGCAGCCACAGUUGCAAAUCGCACGGCACUACACCCCCUUACCCAGCGAACCCAGCAACGACGAGGCGGAACUCCGCUUCCUAAUCCGGAAACUGGACGGCGGCGAGAUGUCCACGUACCUCAGCAAACUAGACACCGGUUCACAAGUACACCUCCGCGGCCCGCACCCCAGCUUCGACGUAGAGAAACGUCUCGGCUCCGCUUCUAACGUCGUGUUCCUCGCCGGUGGAACGGGUAUUGCGCCCGCGUUGCAAGUCGCGGCAAAGUUGCUUGAAACACCCGUCCCGGAGGAGGAAAAGCCGUAUGUAUCGAUCCUAUGGGCGAACCGGCGUUCCACAGACGCGCUGGGGCGGGGGGAAGUGUCUGGAGCGCAGGGGACGGUGCAAGGGUGGGUCAAGAGUCUGAGAGGGGACACCGCGGACCGGAAGGAGAGGCGGGAGACCGUGGAGCAGGAGGAGGCGUCGUUGGCACGACAGCUGCGGGAGAUGCGGGAGCGGCAUCCGCAGCGUUUCCGGGUGGCGUAUUUUGUGGAUGAGGAGGGCGGGUUUAUCGGGGCGGAAGAUUUACAGGCUGCGCUCUCGCCACCACCCCCUUCACGCACCCAGUCAUCAGAAGAGUCUUCCGCGCUUUCUCCCACACGGUCUAUUAGAGAAUCCACCCCCCUCCUCCCCCCAGCCUCAACAUGCCCAUGGCACUCCCCCACCCUCCUGACUAAACUCCCCGACGCGAAUGACGCAAGCCGGUAUAACAUAAACUGCACGUGUGCGCGCGCCGCGCCGAAGAGCUAUACCACGGCCCACCCGACCGCGAAGCCGGGUACGAACCUGGUGUUCGUGUCUGGGCCGGACGGGUUUGUGGGCUCGUACGCGGGGCCGAAGAGGUGGUUUGGGGGUGGGGAGAUGCAGGGGGUUGUUGAUGGAGUUUUGAAGCGGGUUUUGGAGGAGCGGGAGAAGAAGGAGGAGGGUGGGGAGAGGGAGAAUUGGAUGGUUCUUAAGUUAUAGGGGCGGUUUGAGGUGGUUUAUGGGUGUGAGGCUAGGGGGUAUGGGUGAUGAUGAGGAUACCGUUGUGUGUGUAAAAUUAGGCAAGGAAAAUAUAGAAUCGCGUUGCUCCUCUAUGGAUAAGGGGUGCUUGACUGAGUUCUUCGAGAAGAUAGAUCGUGUGAAUUCAACUCGCAACUAAAUCUAGUCGCUCGAAUCCCUCCGCAGAUUUCUCAAACAAACAGUC